AUGGGCUCUGAUGGCGCGCAUAAUGGGUCAAAAAAUAAUAGGCAUGAGGUCGGGGAGGAAGUUGGUACUGUAUCUGGGCUUGACUCGCAUAAUGUUGCUGACGGAAGUGCUGGGCCUUAUGGGCCAUGGAUGAUGGCCAAAACGGCCGGGCGACCAUUUACGGGACCUCACAAAGGGAGUAAUGGCCGUAGCCAAAAUAGAAAUGAAUCUUCUCGUUUAUCGGGGUCGCGGUUUGAGGUGCUAGGAGAGGCUGAUGGGGAGGCAUCGGGGUCCAAGUCGGACGCUAUAAUGACAACGGGGGUGUUUGGGUCUUCACGUGACUCGUUAGGGGGGGCAUCAAAGGGGAAGGCUAAGACGGGUGUUGAUGGGGACUGGAUGGUGGUGCCGGGGAGAAGAAAAAGGCGGACGACAAAGACAAAUAAGGUGGCGCAAAAAGUAACAGGAGACGAGCCGAGUGGGAGCAAGUCGAAUUGUGGUGCGGAGCCUCAUGUGACGGCGCGUUCUUCACCUCCUCCAGGGUCCGAGACGGGAUUUAUUGAUGCUCUCCGUACGGCUGGUCGGGCUCUUUCUUCGCAGCAAGCUGUGGUGGUUCCAAUGGAAUCUGAGUUAGACUCUUCAAAGCACCUUGCAGUCCAAGUACUGGACUCUCCGGUGUUGGAUCCAGUGCCUGAUAUUGAAUCUGUUAUUGACCCAGGUGAUUCUGAAAUGGACGUCGCCUCACCCCGCCUAGCCCAGGAGGGGGCAUCGGUUCAAAUGACCGAUGGGGAUCUUGGAGUCUCGGGGGAACUGGAGCGGAACAAUCAAUCACAUGAUGCAAAGUAA